GAUGCGCUCCCGGGCCGGCGGCGGCGGCGCCCAUGGACGCUAACCGCCCGGGCGCGUUCGUGCUGAGCAGCGCCCCGCUGGCCGCGCUGCACAACAUGGCCGAGAUGAAGAGCGCGCUGUUCCCCUACGCGCAGCUGGGCCCCGCCGGCUUCAAGGCGCCCGCGCUCGGCGGCCUGGGCGCGCAGCUGCCCCUCGGCACCCCGCACGGCAUCAGCGACAUCCUGGGGCGGCCGGUGGGGGCGGCGGGCGGCGGGCUCCUGGGCGGCCUGCCCCGCCUCAACGGGCUCGCCUCGUCGGCCGGCGUGUACUUCGGGCCCGCGGCCGUGGCGCGCGGCUACCCCAAGCCGCUGGCCGAGCUGCCGGGGCGCCCGCCCAUCUUCUGGCCCGGCGUGGUGCAGGGCUCGCCCUGGAGGGACCCGCGGCUGGCCGGCCCGGCCCAGGCCGGCGGCGUCCUGGACAAGGACGGCAAGAAGAAGCACUCGCGGCCCACCUUCUCGGGCCAGCAGAUCUUCGCGCUGGAGAAGACCUUCGAGCAGACCAAGUACCUGGCGGGCCCCGAGCGCGCGCGCCUCGCCUACUCGCUGGGCAUGACGGAGAGCCAGGUCAAGGUGUGGUUCCAGAACCGCCGGACCAAGUGGCGCAAGCGGCACGCGGCGGAGAUGGCGUCGGCCAAGAAGAAGCAGGACUCGGACGCCGAGAAGCUGAAGGUGGGCGGCUCGGACGCGGAGGACGACGACGAGUACAACCGGCCCCUGGACCCCAACUCGGACGACGAGAAGAUCACGCGGCUGCUCAAGAAACACAAACCCGCGAACUUGGCGCUGGAACCGGAGCGGUCAUUUCUAGAGGCCUCCACGGCGACCCACAGCCGAUACCCCGUUCCACAGAAGCGCGUGGGGCCGGACUGCCGCGGGGCACGGGGACAGAGCAGCGGCCACAGCACUGACGCCGAACAGACCUCGAUGGCACCGUCAGGAACGGAUUCGGCAAGCGGACACCCCAGCACUUCAGUGGUAGUGAUUUACCUAAAAACGAGCGUCUAAGGCCUUCGCCCAGUCCAGGAAUUCUGUAGUGUUCU